AAUGAAUGUAGAGACUUCUCAAGAGAAGGAGGUAAGCUAUCAAAGGUUGGCAGGAUCCUUUACUGGUUCAAGGUCAGAUCCUAUUGAAAUGAUCAAGUCGGAAAGUUCAGGAGUUGAGACUAGGAAUGACCAAGAUGUUAGAGCAGAGGACCAGAGUGAAAGUUUGUGAAUGAAGAACUUUAAUAAAAUCCUGAUCGCUCUGGGGUUCGUUGCUAUUGUGACAGUAUUUUCUGUAAUAGCGAUUGUUUAUAAAGACUCGAUUCUGUUAGCAUCUAGUGCUUAUAUUUCAUAUAUGAGAAAUCACAAGUUUUAUUGCAUUUUGAUUUAUGGGGCGGCUUAUAUAGUAUUGACACCCUUAUGAGUCCCACUACUGCUGAUCAUGACCUUUGGGGCGUAUUCUUUCACUCAGAUUUAUGGAUACUGGCUAGGGUUCUUGAUCUUUGUCUUGCUGGAUUACUUCUGAACUAUUGUAGGCAGCUUGAUCUCAUUUUGGAACUCAAGGUACUUAUUUCGAAAUUGUGUGCAGGGCAUGAUUCAAUCUAAACCUAAACUCAGAGCAUUUAGCCUCGCGUUGAGUAACAAUUCGAUAAAGAUGGUUGCAUUACUGAGGAUCAGUCAUGCAAUGCCAUACCAUUUGUUGAAUUAUAUGUGAGGGGUUACGACUAUGAGUUCACUAAAUUUUACCUUAGGAAAUUUAUCAGCCAUUUUGGGCCAUGUCCCGACUAUUUAUAUCCUUUCAAGUAUCUCGGAUAUCACAAGUGGAGAAGAUCCUCUAGGACCUUGGAUUUUUGUCAUCACAGCUAUUGGUGUCAUUUUCAUGAUUGUAAUAAUAUUCAAGUACACUAAAGCAGAGAUCGAUAGCACAAUGGAGAGCGUCGAACUCCAGAACUUAAGGGAUGAAGAAUUAGCAUCAUAAUAUUUCAAUCUUUUUCUUCAUAUU